AAUGACGACUACAAAACUACAACUCCCAUGAUCACUCGUGAUGGUAUAGUAGUUCCGGUGCCGUUGCAUUUCUGCGCCCAUCGGCUGACGGGACAGAAGUGUGGGUGAAUGCUGUGGCGAUGCCCUUGGAGGUGACAUGGCCCUUCCCACAAUGCCCCCGCCUGGGCUGGAGAAUAUCCAGCCGAGUGGUCAUGGGAAUGGUGGGCUCAUACAGUUACCUUUGGACCAAUUAUUUUAACUCUUUGGUGGUGCACAACCAGGAUGUUUUGUUGGACUUGGUUGAUGAGCGUCCUCAGGACACACCCCUUAUCACAGUAUGCAAUCAUCAGUCCUGUAUGGAUGAUCCACAUAUCUGGGGAGUCCUGAAGCUCCGGCAUCUGUGGAACUUUAACAGGAUGAGAUGGACACCUGCUGCCUCUGACAUCUGUUUCACAAAAGAAUUCCACUCCAGCUUCUUCAGCAGAGGGAAAUGUGUGCCUGUUGUUAGAGGAGAUGGAGUAUAUCAGAAAGGAAUGGAUUUCCUCUUGGAAAGACUGAAUCAAGGGGAUUGGAUACACAUAUUUCCAGAGGGUAAAGUUAACAUGACUGGAGAGUUCAUGAGAAUAAAAUGGGGAAUUGGGCGUUUGAUUGCGGAGUGCUCUCUCCACCCAAUCAUUUUACCUCUGUGGCAUGUAGGUAUGAAUGAUGUUUUACCAAAUCAAAGUCCAUACAUCCCUCGAACAGGACAGCGAAUAACUGUUGUAGUUGGAAAGCCAUUCACAGUUAAACAUCUGGUAAAUGCACUAAGAGCUGAAAACACAUGUCCGAUGGAAAUGCGGAAAACACUGACAGACUUUAUCCAAGGGGAGUUUCGCAGUUUGAAAGCCCAGGCGGAGGUACUUCAUCACAGGAUACGGAACCGUACGUGACCCACGAAUGGACUUAUUACAGGAGAAAGGGCUAUACAGUACAUUACUCAUUAGCUAACCCGGGCCUUACAAGUCAGCAUAGACACUGAGGAAGAACAAUCAUACAGAUUUUUACUACACCCAAAGAAGUUUACAGCAUCUUUUUAAGUACUGUUAUCCAUGGGUGUCAGUUUAUUAAUGAGUGGAAGUCAGAUAUGGGCUGAAGGAAAACAGAGAUCUUUUGUUGUUGUAAACGAGUUUCACCUACAGACAAAGUAAAUAUAUUUUGAUCAAUGUGCAGGACCUCAGGAGAUAUGUUGUGUGCAAGUAAGUGACUGGAAAUGCCUUGUAGACUGUGAAGCAUGUUGCAUGUUUUUUUGUAAUUCCAAUGAAUACUUGACCCAUCAAAAUUAACUUUAGCAUUUAGAAUGAUGAAAGUAGCUCUUUUACAUGCUAGCAUGUCAGUGAGUCAUUCAUUUUUGUAUUAAAUUUCCUAAACAUCUUGUUAACAACUUGUUAAAUUUGUAUACACAGUUGUCCUAGAACAGUGAUUAUUAAGUCAAAUUCUUGAUCUAAUGUGGGACUUCUGAAACAAUUACAGAUUGAGACGUUUUAAAUGACAGAUAAUAGCUGUUCAGUUUUUAUAUUUGAUGCAGUAUUUGACUGUAAAUACACUGUAAAUACAGAAGCUGUACUUAAUUAUUUAAGGAUGGACCUACAGGCAUUUGUGCCUGUCCCAUAUAUUAUAACUUAUUCUCGUUUGCCAUGUCAACUGAUGAAACAGUACUAUGAUCUUUAAACAAAAUCAUAAUGGAAUGAAAGUUGAACAUGUUUUGUGAAAUACAUUUUAGAGGUAGGGAGACAUUUGAUCUGUUGUUCAAAAUAAAA